AUGCUGCCUGUCCGUCGCUCCCUCCUCCGCACAGCGUCGCGGAACUCGUCGGCUUCCCAACGCACGCUCUCCUCUCUCGCCAUCGCAUCCCCUCGCCUCACAGUCUCUACCGCUGCAAACCUCCUCCGCUCUCCCAACACACCCAACGCCAGCCGCCACCUCUCUUCCACCGUCCUUCCUAGCCUCCCUGCUGCCCGCACCGCUACUGCACCCAGCAUGGUUGCGUCCUCUUCCAUUCAUCGGGCUCCUGGCUCGUCGCGUCAGCUUGCCACGCCUGCAUCGGCGGCCAUCACCCUUGGCACCGGCUCGUUCGAGGGCUUACCCGCUGGAUUCGAGAUCCAGGAGACCCUCAAUGGCUCCAAGGCCCCCACUCCCUACGCCGUCUUCACCAAGGACCUCGAAGUAUCGGCUCAGGAUGACAUGCGCUACCGUCUCGUCCGUCUCGCCAACGGCCUCGAGGCGCUUGUGAUCCAGGACCCCAAGACGGACAAGUCCAGUGCCGCCAUGGACAUCCGCGUCGGACACCUCAGCGACCCCGAAGAGCUUCAGGGCCUGGCGCACUUCUGCGAACACCUCCUCUUCAUGGGCACCAAAAAGUACCCCAGGGAGAACGAGUACUCCGAGUACCUCUCCAACCACUCUGGCGGCUCCAACGCCUACACCGGCAUGGACAACACCAACUACUUCUUUGACGUCUCGCCCGACCACUUUGAAGGCGCGCUCGACCGCUUUGCGCAGUUCUUCCUCGAACCGCUCUUCGACCCGUCGUGCUCCGAGCGCGAGAUCAAGGCCGUAGACAGCGAGCACAAGAAGAACCUGCAGAGCGACAUGUGGCGGGGAUUCCAGCUCGACAAGUCGCUCUCCGACCCCACCCACCCCUACUCGCACUUUGGUACCGGCAACUACCAGACGCUUUGGGAGGAGCCCAAGAGCAAGGGCAUGGACGUGCGCGACGAGCUGCUCAAGUUCCACGACAAGUACUACUCGGCCAACGUGAUGAAGCUCGUCGUGCUCGGCAGGGAGGACCUCGACAAGCUCACUGGCUGGGUCAUCGAGAAGUUCUCGGGCGUCCGCAACACGGGACGCGAGCCGCCGCUGUUCGAUCGCAGCCCUCUCACCCAGGAGCAGCUGCAGAAGCAGAUCUUUGCCAAGUCGGUCCGCGACGUCCGCAAACUCAAGAUCGCCUUCCCCAUCCCGGACCAAGGCCCUCACUUCCGAUCCAAGCCCGGCUCCUUCCUCUCCCACUUCAUCGGCCACGAGGGCGAAGGCUCCAUCCUCUCCCACCUCAAGAAGAAGGGCUGGUGCGACCGACUCUCUGCGGGCGCGACCGGCGACGCCAACGGUUUCGAGUUCUUCAAGAUCUCGAUCGAUCUCACGCAGGAGGGUCUCAAGAACCACGAAAAGGUGCUCGAGUCCGUCUUCAAGUACAUCCACCUGCUGCGCACCAGCAACCUCGAGCAGUGGACGCACGACGAGGUCGCCCAGCUCGGCGAGCUCAUGUUCCGCUUCAAGGAGAAGAUCGACCCCGCCGACUACGCGUCCAGCACGGCGACGCAGAUGCAGAUGCCCUACCCGCGCGAGUGGGUCCUGUCCGGCGCCUGGCUCACGCGCGACUUUGACCGCGAUCUGAUCAAGCAGACGCUCGACCAGCUCACGCCCAACAACUGCCGCGUCGUCGUCAUGGCCAAGACCCUGCCCGACGGCAGCAUCGAAUGGGAGAGCAAGGAGAAAUGGUACGGCACCGAAUACUCCAUCAAGCCGCUCCCGCAGCAGCUGCUCACCCAGGCACCCACCGAGUUCGAGGACCUCCGCCUGCCGAGUCCCAACUCCUUCAUCCCGGCCGACUUUGAGUUCAAGGGCCCGCUCGCCGAUGUGCAGGGCAAGAAGCCGACGCCGCGACCGCAGCUCGUGGUUGACAACGACAGCAUGCGUGUGUGGCACAAGCUCGACGACCGAUUCGGUCUGCCCAAGGCCAACGUCUUCCUCGUGCUGCGCAACCCGCUGAUCAACGCCACGCCCUCGACGUCGGUCAAGACGCGCAUGUUUGUCGAGCUCAUCUCGGACUCGCUCGUCGAGUACUCGUACGAUGCAUCCCUGGCUGGCCUGAGCUACAUGCUCGAUACGCAGGACCAGUCGUUGGCGCUCUCGCUGGCUGGGUACAACGACAAGAUCCCCGUGCUAGCGCGCAGCAUUCUCGAGAAGCUGGCCAAUUUCCAGAUCGACCCGCGUCGAUUCGAGCUGGUCAAGGACCGCGUCAAGCGAUCGUACGAGAACUUUGCGAUCGAGGAGCCGUACCGCCACGCGGGCUUCUACACGACAUAUCUGCUGCACGAGAAGAUGUGGACGCCGCAGGAGAAGCUGCGCGAGCUCGAGGAGCUGAGCGUGGGCGCGGUGCAGCAGUUCCUGCCCGAGCUGCUGCAGCGCAUGCAUCUCGAGAUGCUCGUGCACGGCAACCUCGCCAAGGCCGAGGCGGUGGAGCUGGCCAACAUGGCGUGGAACACGGUCAAAGCGCGUGCGGUCAACAAGAGCGAGCUCGUCUCGAGCCGAUCGCUGCUGCUGCCGGAGGGCUGCAACCGCAUCAUGAAGGUGGAGGCGACCAACGCGGCCAACGUGAACAGCGCCAUCGAGUACUAUGUGCAGGUGGGCGAGCCGACCAACGUGCAGCUGCGCGCCGUGCUCUCGCUGUUCGAGCAGAUGGCCACGGAGCCCGUGUUCGACCAGCUGCGCACGAAGGAGCAGCUUGGCUACCUUGUGUUCAGCGCGAUGCGACGCAGUGUGGGCGGUAUGGGCUGGCGCAUCAUUCUGCAAAGCGAGCGCGAUGCGCCGUACCUCGAGAGCCGCAUCGAUGCGUUCCUAGACCAGUUCAAGGCCACGCUCGACAAGAUGAGCGAGUCCGAAUUCGAGGGUCACCGACGCAGCCUGAUCCACCGUCGGCUCGAGACGGUCAAGAACCUGUACGAGGAGUCGCAGCGCUUCUGGGCGCACAUCUUUGGCGGCACGUACGACUUUGCGUCGCGCUAUGCGGAUGUCGAGGCGAUCGCCAAGGUGUCCAAGCAGGACGUGGUGGAGCUGUUCAUGAAGUACAUCCACCCGAGCAGCAAGACGCGCAGCAAGCUGUCGGUGCAGCUGAAUGCGACUGCCAAGCCGUCGGCGCGCUUCUCGGCGCAGGCGGUGGAUGCGCUCGAGCAGGCGGUGGCAUCGCAGGGGCUGACGGUGCCCAAGGAGGCAUGGGAGGCUCUGAGGGCGCAGCAGCCUGCGAUCGAGAGCGUCAAGGACAUGGCGUCCGAGGCGAUGGCGCAGAACCCCACGCCUGUGCCCGCCGAAGCAGUCAAGCAGAUGCUCGGUCUCGUCGACAGCUUGUCGGCCCAGUUCCCCUUUGUCGAAGAAAAGGCCGAGGUGGCAACGAGCACUGUGGCCAGUGCGGUACCGGCCGUCGAGGUCAAGGACGCGGUUGCGUUCAAGGCGAGCUUGAACCCGAGCAAGGCGGCUAUGCCGGUGGUAUCGUUCGACCAGCAUGCCAAGGACCCGAGCGGUGAGGGCGACGAAGUGGCCCGUAUCGCAGAGGCCGUAUUGAAGGCCACCGCUGCCCCAGCGGCGGUCGAGGACGGAGAGCCCAAGGCGAAUCUCUAG